CAAAAAGCCAUCUUCAGGAAAAGCAAUCGAGCGUGAUACCGUCGACCUAUCGGGGGGCUGGGAAGAUGGCAUCCACCGAGCAACCUGAUCCACCAACACAGUCUGGCCUUCCUUCCGGAGAUGACGGGACAGCUCGGCCCAGAGAAGCACUGGUUGCAACUGCCGUAAAAUUUCUGCAGAACCCGAAGGUACGCGAGAGCCCCCUGGCCACCAGAAAGGCCUUCUUGAAGAAAAAAGGACUCACUGAUGAAGAGGUGGAGUUGGCCAUCCAGCGCUCUGACAGCACAGAGGAAGUCCUGCCUUUGGGCCCUGUGGGACUCCCGACUCCACCUUAUGCAGCUCAGCUAACUCCUGUGCCACCCACAGGCUACAGAUGGAGAGACUAUGGAGCGCUCACCAUCAUUAUGGUUGGCAUCGCAUUUGGCUUUCAUCAGCUUUACAAGAAAUACAUCCUUCCCCUCAUUAUGGGGAGCCGAGAGGACAAGAAGCAUCUGCAGAGGAUGGAAAGCAACAUUGCAGCAAUGAGUGGCACGCUGACACAGACAGUCACCCAGCUACAGCAAACCCUGGUCCAUAUCCAGGAGCUCCUGGUCCAGCAGCAGCAGAAGAUCCAGGAACUCUCUCAAGAACUAUCUGCAGGAGAGACAUCAUCCUCAACCAACCGCAUCCUGGACAACCAAACAGUUGGAGAGCUAAAGGCUGAGAUUGCCUCUUUGAAGGGCUUACUGCUCAGCAGGAGACAGUUUCCUUCCACUCCUGCCAUUCCAAAGAUCCCGUCGUGGCAGAUUCCCCUGAAGUCACCGUCAGGAGUCGGCUCGCCGUCCGUUAACCACACCAACAGCAGCAGCGACAUCUCCCCCGUCAGCAACGAGUCCGCCAACUCCUCCCCAGUCAAAGACGGACACCAGAGCCCCGAGGAAGCGCUGGGGGGCCCAGAUGGAGCCCACGUUAUGAACGGCGACGCCCACACGACUCCGCCACUAGACCAGGUGCGCAUGGAGGUACAGGGUGAGGAGGAGAAGAAGGAGGAAGACAAAGAGGAUGAUGUCAGCCACGUAGAAGAGGGGGAGGAGGAGGAAGCUCUGAGCAUGCAGACGGAGGAUCGAAGAGGCGGAGACGGACAGAUUAAUGAACAGGUGGACAAACUGAGGCGGCCCGAGGGGGCCAGCAACGAGAGCGAGGUUGAUUAGCCGAAGAGCAGAAAGCACAAAAAACAAAAAAUCGCUCACUUGUCAUCUCGACUUGUUUCUCUACGAACCUCCCUGCCGACACCAUGUGAUUUCUAUUCGCCUUCCCCUUCCGUUUCCACUUCCCCUUUGUUACAUUUUAAUGUUGAUCAGAAUAGGGAGUAGGCGAGGGUGUUGAGAGAAUCCACAGCUGACAGAUAUCAGUGUGGCUGGUGACUGAAAGGCUUCCCACAGUUUACUUUUGAUCACGCCGAGCCUCGCGUAGUGACGUCUCUCCGAGAGGAGAAAUAAUAGAAGUGAUAGUAAAAUCACAACAACUCUUAAAGCACCUGUUUAAUACUAAGCUUAUGUGACUUCUUACUUUUAAUUUAAAUGAUCUGAUCAACCAAUUAGCAGCUCUGCCGCAGCGUCACCGUAACCGUACGGAUUCAGACCAAAGCUGCACGUCCGCUAGUCAGAAAGCAGAUGUUGCAUCGGUCUCAAAGUUACGGUGAGUUUCCUGCGAAGCAUUUUUUCGAGUCGCUCUCCUUGCUGAUGGCAAUAGGAGAGGACAAGCUCUUCCAGGGCCGAUGCUUUUAGCCUCUUUUAUGUGUCCUUUUGCAUUGGUGUCAGUCUGUCAAUAAUUCACAAGGCCGGCAGGGUGGCAUUUGGGUGAAAUAAAAGCCCUGAAAUUUGAGAUUAGAAUGUGAUGACGGGCUUUGUUCCAUGCCGGUGUUGGAGUGCUCAUAUGCUCAGAGAAGGAGGGGAGGGGAGAGAGAAGAUGAAUGUUUUUCUCCUCUCUUUCUCUCUCUCUCUUUCCUUCUCUUGCUUUCCUUUUUCACCGAGGGCAGAAUCCUGCAUCUUUGCGCGAGAGCGUUUGUUUGUGCGCGAGGGAAAAAAACCCCCAGACAGUCUGCAGAGCUAUAUCUGCGUCUCCAGCAGGGCAGCUGAUUUGGUUUGUGAAGUAUGUUAAUAAUCAAAUGAUCAACAAAUAACAGAUGUAUUAGUUCAUGCAGCUUGAAAUGUCAAGGAGGCUAAAAGCGGAAAUCUAAUACUGGAAGCCCAGUUGCAUCGUAUCAUUUUCUGUGACAAACCCUCCGGUCCAAAUUAGGUAGGGCCUCCCACAGUGAGUAAUCUUUACAGAAAACGGCAACAAUAUUUUGUAAUUAAGCUGCAGUAAGACAAAAGCGCUGCCACAGAUGGAAGUUGCAGAACUGGUAUUACUUUCUUUUUCUUUCUUCCUCUCUCUCUCUCUCUUUCUCUCUCUCUCUCUCGGUGUGGAGGUGGAUGGGGAAGUUAAAAAAAAAAUGCCCCGUGAUUGAAAAGGAAAGUAAUAAAUGAAUACUUGACUUAUUGAAUUACUCACUGUGUCAAGCUAACAAGAAGAGUCCAUGACUGAGAAGAAGGGAUGCCAGCCUUUUUGUCUCCAUCACACGGCUUUCCUACAUGUAACGAAAAUGGCCCAGAUUACACUCUGUUGGGUUAGUUAAGCAUCAAAUAGGUUUACUGUGUUUUGUUUAUGCUUUUCAUUUUUUGAUGGGGAAGUCCUGAAAGUUGUAUAAAAGUCGUUGACAACUGUAAUAAAUCUGGUUCACCACAAGAA